AGAAACGCGAGACAGAGGCUAUUCCUGACGAACGGUUGCCUCUUGCUGGCGACCGUUCGGGUACAAAAGACUCGCUGGCCCGUUGGCUUGGAAGACCACUACUUCUCGUGUGUACAUCACUUCGCUCGCUUGCCUGCUUGCAUUGCCCAGAACACCGUCGCCAUGCACUCUCGCCUUGUCUUUCUCACGGCCGCUGCGGCCUCGCUUUCGUUUGUGCGCUCGGAAGACAUUUGCUACUCUUACGGCGUGGACUUUGUCGAUGAGGGCAGCUACUUCAUCAACUCCGAGUCCACUGACGACUUCACUGCCGUUUCCUACUUCAAGGGCUGCAACCAGGACAUGGCUGAUGUGCUCCUCGUUGCACCUGAAGACACUCCUGGGGAAACCGAAUUUCUGUGUGAGCGGAUUCCCACUACGCCAGACAACCAGAACCAGAUGUCCACAUGUCCCAUCAAGAAGAACCAGAUGAGCUCUGGACACUGGCUUCUUCUGGUUCUGGGCAACAAUGGCAAGGGGGGCCAGCCUUUUGCAUGGCAGAGAGAUCUCUACUUGACCGUGGGCCCGCAAAUCACCACGACAUACACGCCAACACUGACCAUGAGCAUCACCACGACGCCCACCAUUACUGAGAUGACCACGACGACAUUUACCGACGUCAUCACCACCGGUCCCUUCUCGACCGUCACCAUGCCCAGCGGCACAGCCAAGAAGAUCAAGACGGUGACUCCCAAGGCCGUCACCACCACGUCGACCAAGACCAUGACCCGCACAAAGGUCUCGACAACCAAGGUGACUGGCUACACGACCAAGACGGUCACGGCAACCUGCACCACACCAGAACACACAGGCAAGCCCGACAAGCCGUGCGAGUACUCGCCUACCAAGCUGCACCCCGCCGCGCUGGUGACGCCCACUUCAAUCCCCAAGUGGCGCCGCUUCAGCCCGCGCAGCGACCGCGAAGUCGACUACGAAUGGGCCCGGGCGCGCGUCGAAGCCGCAAAGCAAAGGCGCGCAGAAGCACUGCAACGCCGCACCCCAGAUGCCCCCACCGUCACGGUUACCUACGACACGCCGGUGCCGACAACGACGACACUGACGGCCGAUGCAACCACCACCACCGAGACUGUUCUCGAGAGCACCACCAGCACAUCUACCAUCCCGGCUCCCACGGUGCUCUCGGGCAUCCUGACCAUGACGACUACCCUGCCCACCCCCACCAAGACCAAGCUCAAGCUCGGGUACGCUACCACGACAAAGGUGAUUACGUUCGGCGCAACGUAUACCAAGACGACGACGGUGACGCCCCCGGCAUCAAUCACAGCCUGCAAGAAGAAUGGCGGGCACUACUGGAGCUGAGGACGGGGUAAAAUGUAGCUAAUUGUGGACACACUUGCUGCUGUCCCUUGUGUGUCUGUUUUGCUUUUACUUCGCUUUGCUGUACCUUGCUGUAUUGUUUCUGUUUACUGAGCGCCGAAAUGCCUGCUUACAUGCAUAUCAACAUGCAUAUCACGAUACUGUCUAUUACCUAGUUGUACUGUACAUAAUGACCAAAUGAACGCCUAUCU